AUGGAGCGCGAGCGUCGCAGAGGCUCCGCGGAGCCGGCAUGUCGCCGGCAUCGCCGCCCUUGGUGGAGGGUGGCGCGUCACGAUUUGGCCAAAGAGUGAGGCAGAGCAGGGUGGAGUCAAGGUAUAAACCUAGUUAGGUAGAGAUUAGGGUUGCAAAAUUCCAGUGUUUUUUCUCAAGAGUAUUCCGCAUUUUUUUUCCAGAAUUUCCCCGGAUUGGAGGAAUUCCCAGAAUUUUUUUCUUUUCCUGAUAAUUCCCUUGUAAUUCCAGGAAACUUCCAAGCAGGAUUUCUGGAAAACCUGGGAAUUUGGGAAAGUUACCGGAAUUUUGCAACCCUUGUAGGAAGUAAGGGAGUUAGAGUUCCCUGGGAGUUAGGGUUGCCUGGGAGUUAGGGUUCCCUGGGAGUUAGGGUUCCCUGGGAGUUAGGGUUAGGUAGAGAUUCCACUUUUAAGGUCAGGGUUAGGUUGAGAUUCCACUGUAAAAGGCGCGCACACAUUGCACUUGAAAUGUGAUCUAGUGUUCGUUCAGCGCGCUGUGUUUUAGUGAUCACCCGCUGUAGAUGUCUGACUGCCAACAAAUUUCACACAACUAUACAUGUAAAAUCGGUGCGCACUCGGUUUGCAAAUCACAUUCAGAGGUGCUAAGUACUCUGGGCCAGCAAACACUACUGGUGUGUCUGAGAACUUAAGGUUAGAGUUAGGAAGAGAUUCCACCCUUAAGGUUAGGAGUUAGGAAGAGAUUCCACCCUUAAGGUUAGGGUUAGAUAGAGAUUCCACCCUUAAGGUUAGAGUUAGGUAGAGAAUCCACCCUUAAGGUUAGAGUUAGAAAGAGAUUCCACCCUUAAGGUUAGGGUUAGGAAGAGAUUCCACCCUUAAAGUCAGGGUUAGGUAGAGAUUCCACCCUUAAGGUUAGAGUUAGGUAGAGAAUCCACCCUUAUGGUUAGAGUUAGGAAGAUAUUCCACCCUUAAGGUUAGAGUUAGGUAGAGAAUCCACCCUUAAGGUUAGAGUUAGAAAGAGAUUCCACCCUUAAGGUUAGGGUUAGGUAGAGAUUCCACCCUUAAGGUUAGAGUUAGGAAGAGAUUCCACCCUUAAGGUUAGGGUUAGGUAGAGAUUCCACGCUUAAGGUUAGUUUUAGAUAGAGAUUUGUGAGGUACAGAGACUGAGUGUUGGGGGUUAGGGCUCAUCAGGGGAAUAGUUGUGAAGACUACCCUAACUUUAUUGUCUUCCUAAAGGGGCCCCCCCUUUCCUCCCCCCCUUCCAAAACCCCUCGACCCCCCCCAUGGGAGGAGGAAGGGAGGAUAAUGCAAGCGGUUUGGUCUGCCGGGCCGGGAACCAGACAAAUUCCACAUCAGUAAACUCAUUUUACUUCUCCAAUUGACAUCAUAAAACACAGCUGGGCAACCCCCUGAUCAACAAAACAAACCAAACCCUACCAAUCCUCCAUCGUUUUUGGAAAAGGAUAUUCAAACAGCACCCGUAAACAUACUUUCUGGAAAACACCCUAACCAGUUUUGGGGGCAGCGUUUUUGUUUGUUGCUGGGGGUGCGGUGCCAAAACAUUAAGGGUUGUUUCACCCCACAGUUAAAGUUGUUAACAGUUAGUUAGCAACCACUCCUACCCCGUAACGUGUAGGGCCAAAAAAAGGGUUUUAAAAAAUGUCUCCAGUUGUGUUUUCUUUGACCAUUGUACAUCUCCCCUUUCCCAUGCGUAUUGGGAUCUUCUCAAUUAGAGCCCUCCUUCUCAACUCCCACCUUCCCCCUCCACUCCUACCUUCCCCCUCUACUCCCACCUUCCUCCUCCUCUCCACCUUCCUCCUCUACUCCUACCUUCCCCCUCCACUAUCACCUUCCUCCUCUACUCCCACCUUCCCCCUCCACUCCUACCUUCCUCCUCCUACUCUCCCACCUUCCUCCUCUACUCCCACUUUCCCCCUCCAACUCCCACCUUCCUUCUCUACUCCCACCUUCCUUCUCUAUUCCCACCUUCCCCCUCCACUCCACCUUCCUCCUCUACUCACACCUUCCUCCUCUAUUCCCAACCUUCCUCCCUCACUCCCACCUUCCCUCCUCUACUCACACACUUCCAAUCCUUAUUCCCCCACCUUCCUCCUCUAUUCCCACCUUCCCCCUCCACUCCCACCUUCCUCCUCUACUCCCACCUUCCCCCUCCACUCCCACUUUCCUCCUCUAUUCCCACCUUCAUCCUCUACUCCCACCUUCCCCCUCUACGCCCACCUCCCCCCUCCACUCCCACCUUCCUCCUCUACUCCCACCUUCCCCCUCCACUCCCACCUUUCUCCUCUACUCCCACCUUCCUCCUCUACUCCCACCUUCCCCCUCCACUCCCACCUUCCUCCUCUAUUCCCACCUUCCCCCUCCACUCCAACUUCCUCCUCUACUCCCACCUUCCCCCUCCACUCCCACCUUCUUCCUCUACUCUCACCUUCUUCCUCUACUCCCACCUUCCUCCUCUACUCCCACCUUCCCCCUCCACUCCCACCUUUCUCCUCUACUACUACUCCCCACCCUCCUCCUCUACUCCCACCUUUCUCCUCUACUCCCCACCUUCCUCCUCCUACUCCCCACCUCCUCCUCUACUCCCACCUUCCUCUACUCCGACCUUCCUCCUCCACUCCCACCCUUCCCCCCCUCUACUCCCACCUUCCCCCUCCACUCCCCACCUUCCCCCCUCUACUCCCACCUUCCUCCUCUUUCCUACCUUCCUCCCCCCAUCCCCCCUUCCCCCCUACUCCCACCCUUCCCCCUCCACUCCCACUUCCCCCCCUACUCCUCCUUCCCCCCCACUCCCCCCCCUUUCUCCUCUACUCCCACCUUCCCCUCACUCCCCCUUUCCCCCUCCCCCCCUCCCCCCCCCUUCCUCCUCUUUCCCCCCUUCCCCCUCCACCUCAACCCUUUUCCCCUCUAUCCUACCUUCCCCCUCCCCCCACCUUCAUCCUCUACUCCCAACCUUUCCCCCUUCCCCCCCCCCCUUUCCCCCUUCAAAUUUUCCCCCUUUUCCCCUUCCCCCCACUCCCACCUUUCCCCUCUCUUCCCACCCUCCCCCUCCAUCCCCCCUUUCUCCUCUACUCCCCCUUUCCCUUUUCUCUCCCACCUUCCCCCCCCCUCCCACCUUCCUCCUCUAUUCCCCCCCCUUCCCCCUCCCCCAACUUCCCCCCUUCCCCCCCACUUUCCCCCUUCCCCCUCCCUCCCCUUUCUUCCUCUACUCUCACCUUUUUUCCUCUCUCCACCUUCCCCCUCCACCCCACCCCCCCCCCCUCCACUCCCCCCCCUUUUUUUCUCCCCCUUUCUCCUACCUUCCUCUCUACUCCCCCCUUCCCCCUCCACCCCCCUUUUCCUCUCCUUCCCCCUUCCUCCUCUAUUUCCCCCUUCCCCCCCCCCUCCACUUCCAAUUCCCCUCUACCCCUUUCCCCUUCCUCCUCCCCUCUCACCUUCCCCCUCCACUCCCACCUUUCUCCUCUACUCCCACCCUCCUCCUCUACUCCCACCUUUCCUCCUCUACUCCCACCUUCCUCCUCUACUCCCACCUUCCUCCUCUACUCCCACCUUCCUCUAACUCCGUCACCUUCCUCUCCACUCCCCACCUUCCCCCUCUACUCCCACCUUCCUCCUCCACUCCCACCUUCCCCCUCUACUCCCACCUUCCUCCUCGUAUUGCUACCAUUCCUCCUCCACUCCUACCUUCCCCUCCCCCCCCUUCUACUACCGCCACCUUCCCCCUCCACUCCCACAUUCCCCCCCCUUCUACUUCCCACCUUCCCUCCUCUAUUCCCCCUUCCCCCUCCACUUCCCACCUUCCUCCUCUACAGUUCCCACCGUUCCCUCCUCUACUCUCACACCUUCCCCCUCCACCUUCCCACAUAUUCUUUCCCCUUCCCUCUAGCUGUCCCCUCUUCCUCCUCUAGUUCCCACCUUAUCCCCCCCUCCACUCCCAACUUUCCUCGCCUCCUCUACGUGGGCCAACCUUCGCCCCCUGCCACUCCCCACCCUUCCCUCCUUACUUACUCCCAACCUUUCCUCCUCCACUGCCAACCUCCCAACCUUCCCCCCUCUAACUUCCCAACUUCAACUCCCCCCUCCCUCCUACCUUCCCCCUCCAAUCCCACCGCCUCCCCCCUCCAUCCCACCUUCUUUCUCUACCCAAACCACCUUUCCCCCUCUAACUCCCCACCUUGCUCCUCUAUAUUCCCAAACCUUUCUCCUCUACUCCAACCUUCCCCCUCCCACUCCCACCUUCCCCCCUCUACUCCCGACCUUCCCCCUCCACUCCCACCUUCCUCCCCUCUAACUCCCAACCUUUCUCCUCUACUCCCACCUUCCCCCUCUACUCCCACCUUUCUCCUCUAUUCCCACCUUUCUCCUCUACUCCCACCUUUCUCCUCUAUAUUAUUCUGUGUUUUCUGUCUCCUUAUUUCUCUCUCAAUGGUCCUAUCUUAGGGAUAAUAAGGAUCCAGUGGAAUUCACAAGGAUCCAUCCGUCCAACAGCUGUCACGGUGACAUCACCUCUCACCUCAUGGUGCCGGGUGGGACUUCUCUACAAUCUGGCCAAUUAGGAGACCCCUCUGCACACGCACACGCCCACUCGGCCCACCACCAUUGGAUGCCAAGCACUGGAAGCCCCUCCAUCUGGAUGACAAGCCACUCCUACGGUGAGAAAGCUCUUAUUGCUAUAAUAACCAAAGUGUUGGUGUCGCACUAUAAAUCAAUUGUAAUGCCUCAAUAAAGAUAGAAUAUAUAUAAAACAAUCAUGGAAAAAGAGAUAAGACGGGCCUACAGAUGUAUUCUGGAUCAUUCUUCAUCUUACUAUAUAAUGUCCUGUUGCUGCCUUUGAAAGCUGUGUUCCAGUAUAGCUGUAUUGUUAAUGAAUUACACAUUGCUACUGAAUCUGUCGUAAUAUCUUUCUGAUGUUGCAGGAAUCGGCCACUCAGCCCUUCACCAGAACCUCACCCCAGGUUUCUCUGCAGCCAUGCCAGGGUCUCUACAGCCUGUGCUGCCUCUGCCCCAGGACCCGUCUACCCAGCUGGUGGUGCUACCCACAGAGCCUGCUGCCCACCCUGCCACACAUCACCUGGGUGAGCCUCACUGUUUAUCUCAAUGUGUUUUUCUCAAUGUGUUUCUCAGUGUGUUUUCUCAGUGUGUUUUCUCAGUAUGUUUUUCUCAAUGGUUUUCUCCUCUUGCAUAUGUCACUCUACAUCCUUACUUAGUUACCCCAUUACCCCAUUACACCCUUAACCCACCCUACCCCUUACCCCUACCCUUAACCAUUAACCCUACCCUUACCCCUUACCCCUUACCCCUACCCUUAACCAUUACCCCUUACCCCUUACCCCUUAACCCUACCCUUACCCCUUACCCCUUACCCCUACCCUUAACCAUUACCCCUUACCCCUUACCCCUUAACCCUACCCUUAACCCAUUACCCCUUAAACUCUACCAUUACCCCUUAACCCCUACCCUCAACCUUGACCUCUUGAACUGUGGUUCAUUUUAUUAUCUUAUUACAGUCCCUGUCUGUUGUUUUCUACUGGUGCUUCUAUUUUCCAUCCAAUGGUUUUACUGCAACGUUUCCUUUAUUUGUUGGUUGCAUUAGUAUGAGCUUUCUGUUAACAGCUGUCUCACACACAAACCAACACCCACACACAUAUACACAUCCACAUAGAAAACACACACACAGGCAUGCACGCACACACACGCACACACACAUAUAAGCUUGCACGUACAAAACACACACACACACACAGAGAAUACUCAUCCCAGUUUCUACUCACCGCCUGUUCUGUCCCCCGCAGGGCUGGCUCCUGGAUGGGUCAGGGUGUGCUUCCAAAAACAUAUGUGUACACACGCACACGCACACGCACGCACACACACACACACACACACACACACACACACACACACACACACACACACACACACACACACACACACACACACACACACACACACACAGACACACACACACACACACACACACACACACACACACACACACACACACACACACACACACACCACAGAGGAAGAAAGUAAAGCAGUGCUCUCUUCUGCUCUACAUCUAUACAAGCAGGCCUUAUUCAGCAAACAGGCUGUGAAAUUUAAUUAGCUCUCCAUCCUCAGUGCCGUGUUUCCUUCCGCGCUCCGCAGGAGUUGUAGAGGAGAGGGGAAGUGCAUCCACGAAACCCUUCCCCGGGGAAAGAUUAGCUUAGCCGGGUUAAUGUUUCAGAACAAAGGUUCCAUGGUGCGUCAGGGGGGCUGAGGGGGUGGAAGGGAGGAUCAGACUGGACAUGCACAUUAAUGAGUGUACUGUGAAAUAUGGAAGGGGAGGAAACACAUUGAGUUGGAGAGAGAGGAGAGAGAGAGGGAUAGAAAAAGAGAGGGAGAGAGAGAAGGAGAGAAAGAGUGAGGGGGGGAGAGAGAAGGGGGAAGAAGGGAGAGAGAGAGAGAGAGAGAGAGAGAGAGAGAGAGAGAGAGAGAGAGAGAGGGAGAAGAAGGCCUGGGAAUCUGAAUCCCCAAAUCUGAGCUCCAUGUGUCAUAGUCAAUGUGCUCAGCUGCCCUCUACCCAGAUUCGCAGUCCACACACACAGCAUUCCUCUCUGGUCUGUAAAAAAGACUCAUCAGGGGAACGGCUGAGCUAUGCUCCUCCUGAACAUGGGAACUAGCAUCCCUGCUGGUCCACAGACUACUCAUGUGGCCUGGAGAGCGGGCUGGAGGAUGCUAGGCUGGAUGGGUGGGGGAAUGUUUAGGGAGCACUGCAGGGUCGAUCGCUCCAAGGGGACAGUACUUUGGUUACUGGUCAGUGGCUCUCUGUUAUCAUCAUCAUGUAGUAUCUCAUUAUAGUCAUGACUCCCACAUUCCAGUGUAUUCUCAGGACAGCUCCUAUGAGAAUUCAUUCUAUUCAGGUAGGAGGGAGGGAGAGAGAGAGAGAGAGGAGGGAGAGAGAGAUCGAGAGAGGAGAGAAAGAGAGAGAGGGGGAGAGAGAGAGGGGGGAAAGAGAUAUAGAGAGGAGGGAGAGAGAGAGAGAGCGUGGGAGUGCUGCUGUUUAGGUGACCAUGUUCUCAGCAUAAAGCAGCAGUCUUUGUUCGAGGGAUGUGAUCAGUGUGUGUUAUCUUGUGUGUAAGUGAGGGCUUUGCUUUUGUGUGAGAGAUGGCAGUACUGGUGUUCCAGCAUUGAGACAUACAGAUACAUGUACAUGUCUGGGUUAUACUUUCUGAGAGAUAUACAUUCAUGUACAACUUAGCUCCUUGCCCCCCAUGGUGUUGAUGUUGAUGUUGAUGUUGGUGUGUGUGUGUGUGUGUGUGUGUGUGUGUGUGUGUGUGUGUGUGUGUGUGUGGGGGGGGGGGGGGGGGGGGGGUUGCGUGUGCAUGUGUAUGCAUGCGUGGGUGUACCCCAGCUAGCACAUUUGGUUCCUUGGAAGUUGUGGGAAUGUAUGUUUUUGGUUUCCCAUUGGUUCUGGGAACGACACCAUAAGUUUCCUGACCGGUAAACUGGAAAAAAAUUUAAACGUUCUGAGAAUGGAAAUGAACAUUUAGCCUCUUCUGGGAGCGUUCAUUUUUAGGUUCUGAGAACGUUUUACUAUGGUUCCAUUAGGUUUUAUUAACAUUCUGAGAAUGGAAAUUAUAGGUUAUUUGAAGGUAAUUAAAUAACGUUCUGAGAACAUGUUUCAAUAAGACUUUUAAUAACACUGUUAGCUUAGGUUAACUGUUUUGAACUCAUUUGAUUAAUUUGCUUAGGCAUUAAUCAUGCAAGCAUAUUUAUUGUUUAUUAUGGCACGGUGUCAGUGAGAUUCGAACCUAUGAUCUUCUGUUCUCUAUGGAAUUAGUUCACUGUGCCCCCCAGGAUGGCGCUAGCAUGCCAUGUUUUUUUUUUUAUUCAUACAAAGAUGCUCAUUUUAGUCUAUCAAACAAACCCCAUAUCAAAGGAAACAAGCACUAAUUAAGAUCAGGUGUGGCCAAUUAGUGGGCAUGGCCAACACACCUGAACACACUUAACAAGGUGGAGGAUAGAGAGAGUUUUGUUGACGCUGAGAACGGAAUGUAUUUGUUUUUAAAUAACAUUCUUAGAAUGUUACUAGUGUUUUCUUGUAAUUUUUAUAGUUUUUAAUGUUCUGAGAACAUUACUUUAAAUAGAACCAUGAGGAAACCUGUAGAAAACAUGAUGCUAAAGUACUGAAAUUCUCACAGAAGUACAUUGCUUCUUAACAUUCUCUGAACAAUUUGAGAACAUUGCUUUAUAUAGAACCAUUAGGAAACCUGUAGGAAAUGUUAUGCUGAAGUACUGAAAUUCCCACCUAAGAAACAUAUGGUUCUCAGAACGUUAUGUGCUAGCUGGGUAUCCUGCACUAUUCCCAGAAAGUUGUGGGAAGGUUGUAUGCAAAAUAACCAUAGGACAACUAUGCUGUCACCAUGCUCUAAGAAACAUGUGGUUCUCAGAACGUUAUGUGAUAGCUGGGACGUGUGUAUGUAUACUUAUACAUAUACAUAUGCAUGAAUGCAUUUGUGUGUGUGUGUAUGUGUAUGUGUGUGUGUGGGCUCCUCUGAUCCACUCCUCUCUCUCUCAUUAGAUGUGAUGGAGCAGCCUGGGCUGUGGCCCCCUGUGUACGGAGCCCGAGGGCCCUCCUCCCACAUACACCCACAACACCCCGCUGUGUACUCCCGCUCGCAGUUUCUACGGCAACAGGAGCUGUACGCUCUCCAGCAGCAUCAACAGCAUCAUCAUCUGCAGCAUCAGCAUCAGCACCAACAGAGUCACCAGUCACACCCCCACCCCCCCACCCCACCCCCAGCCCCAGCAGCACCACAGGACAGCACAGACCAUGGAGCUCCAACACAGACCCAACCACACCCAGGUGGGUGGCAUACUGGCGACACAGAUUAACAUGAAUACAUACAUACACACAAACAAACACAAGUACGCACGGAUGCGUACGCACGGAUGCAUACCCACACGUACAGUGGGGAAAAAAAGUAUUUAGUCAGCCACCAAUUGUGCAAGUUCUCCCACUUAAAAAGAUGAGAGAGGCCUGUAAUUUUCAUCAUAGGUACACGUCAACUAUGACAGACAAAAUGAGGAAAAAAAAUCCAGAAAAUCACAUUGUAGGAUUUUUAAUGAAUUUAUUUGCAAAUUAUGGUGGAAAAUAAGUAUUUGGUCAAUAACAAAAGUUUCUCAAUACUUUGUUAUAUACCCUUUGUUGGCAAUGACACAGGUCAAACGUUUUCUGUAAGUCUUCACAAGGUUUUCACACACUGUUGCUGGUAUUUUGGCCCAUUCCUCCAUGCAGAUCUCCUCUAGAGCAGUGAUGUUUUGGGGCUGUCGCUGGGCAACACAGACGUUCAACUCCCUCCAAAGAUUUUCUAUGGGGUUGAGAUCUGGAGACUGGCUAGGCCACUCCAGGACCUUGAAAUGCUUCUUACGAAGCCACUCCUUCAUUGCCCGGGCGGUGUGUUUGGGAUCAUUGUCAUGCUGAAAGACCCAGCCACGUUUCAUCUUCAAUGCCCUUGCUGAUGGAAGGAGGUUUUCACUCAAAAUCUCACGAUACAUGGCCCCAUUCAUUCGUUCCUUUACACAGAUCAGUCGUCCUGGUCCCUUUGCAGAAAAACAGCCCCAAAGCAUGAUGUUUCCACCCCCAUAACUUCACAGUAGGUAUGGUGUUCUUUGGAUGCAACUCAGCAUUCUUUGUCCUCCAAACACGACGAGUUGAGUUUUUACCAAAAAGUUCUAUUUAGGUUUCAUCUGACCAUAUGACAUUCUCCCAAUCCUCUUCUGGAUCAUCCAAAUGCACUCUAGCAAACUUCAGACAGGCCUGGACAUGUACUGGCUUAAGCAGGCGGACACGUCUUGCACUGCAGGAUUUGAGUCCCUGGCGGCGUAGUGUGUUACUGAUGGUAGGCUUUGUUACUUUGGUCCCAGCUCUCUGCAGGUCAUUCACUAGGUCCCCCCGUGUGUUUCUGGGAUUUUUGCUCACCGUUCUUGUGAUCAUUUUGACCCUACGGGGUGAGAUCUUGCGUGGAGCCCCAGAUCGAGGGAGAUUAUCAGUGGUCUUGUAUGUCUUCCAUUUCCUAAUAAUUGCUCCCACAGUUGAUUUCUUCAAACCAAGCUGCUUACCUAUUGCAGAUUCAGUCUUCCCAGCCUGGUGCAGGUCUACAAUUUUGUUUCUGGUGUCCUUUGUCAGCUCUUUGGUCAUGGCCAUAGUGGAGUUUGGAGUGUGACUGUUUGAGGUUGUGGACAGGUGUCUUUUAUACUGAUAACAAGUUCAAACAGAUGCCAUUAAUACAGGUAACGAGUGGAGGACAGAGGAGCCUCUUAAAGAAGAAGUUACAGGUCUGUGAGAGCCAGAAAUCUUGCUUGUUUGUAGGUGACCAAAUACUUAUUUUCCACCAUAAUUUGCAAAUAAAUUCAUAAAAAAUCCUACAAUGUGAUUUUCUGGAUUAUUUUUUCUCAAUUUGUCUUUCGUAGUUAUGAUGAAAAUUACAGGCCUCUCUCAUCUUUUUAAGUGGGAGAACUUGCACAAAUAGUGGCUGACUAAAUACUUUUUUUCCCCACUGUAUGUGCACACACACGCACCCACAUUAUCAUGAAUACACACACGUAGUAACAUAAAUGCACACGCGCACAAACUACCUUAUUUUCAUGACAACGCCAGCAGUUUUCUUACAUAGUACACUACAGGGUCAUGAUUCAGCUGAUACUUCCCCACACACAAAUAGCAUUGGGCCACAGCAUGUACAAUACCUAUUCAUAGCUUCAUAGCCCAAUAUUAUCCUAGGAUUUGCUGACUGCCUCUCUGGAAUAGUGGGGGCUCAAUAUAGGUGGUGAUGCAAACUGCCUGGUUGGUCAUUACACACAGUAAGAGUCAAUAUAUCCAGGUUGAAUUCAUGCCUGGCUCAGCUGAACACCGGUGCUACACACCUAGGGUUGCAAAAUGCCGGGACUUUCCCAGAAUUCACUGGUUUUCCAGAAAUACUGGUUGGUUAAUUCCUGGAAUUACAAUGAAAUAAGAAGGAAAUUCAUGAAUCCUCCAACCAGGAUUUCGGGAAAACCAGGGAAUUUUAGGAAAGUUACCUGAAUUUUGCAACCUUACACACACCAUACCAAUACUGAUGAAGCCUCUUGGUCAAUCAGCAGAUCGCUCAAGAUUUGGCUACAUCAUCUUGAAUGUAGACACUACACUCUUAGAAAAAAAGGUGCUAUCUAGAAUCUAAAAGGGUUCUUUGGCUGUCCCCAUAGGAGAACCCUUUGAAGAACCCUUUUUGGUUCCAGGUAGAACCCUUUUGGUUCCAGGUAGAACCCUAUUGGGUUCCAUGUAGAACCCUUUGCUCAGAGGGUUCUACAUGGAUCCCAAAAGAGUUCUACCUGGAACCAAAAGGGUUCUACCUGGAACCAAAAAGGGUUCUCCUAUGGGGACAGCCGAAGAACCCUUUUGGAACCCUUUUUUUAAGAGUGUAGGGCAUGUUCUCUAGCGCUUGUCUUUGGUUGUUAUGGGAUGCCUUACUUUAGGCUAUCACUACAUUCAGUCUCAUUGUGUGAGUUGCGCAUGGUUUACUCCAAUGGAUCAGUGGUUAAGGAAUAGUGCUGGCAACACCAGGUUUGCGGGUUUGAUUCCUGCAAUGGGCCACAUUAUUGAAAAUGUCACUGUCAAUGUUGACACUUUUAUCCAAAGGGACUUGGAGAACUGUCAACAUUGACAGAGCCACAUACAGUAUAUUCACACAUAAAUAGAACAUUCUGUUCACACAUAAAUGACCUGCUAUAUAUAUUUAUGAUACAUUAUAUUUAUAUUUGUCCGUCGGUAGGUGCAGAAGAGACAUAUAUUCACACAUAUAAAUAGAACAUUUUGUUCACACAUAAAUGACCUGCUAUAUGUCCUAGGUGGUGUUUAUUCUGUGUAUUUGUCCAUCUGUGGGUAGGUGCAGAAGAGACCAGAGGAGCCUUCAGUGGAGCUGGAGGAGCUGCUCUCUGAGCCACCAGGUUCUAAACCUUCCAAACCCUACUCCUCCUACCACAACCCCUCCUCCAACAGAAACACCCCCACCCCGGGGGCCUGCACUGCUCACCUGUCCCCCUGCUGCCAGUCCCAGUCCCCCUCCCUGCACCCCCACCCCAAGAGCACCCCCUCCACCCCCUGCCCCGCCCCUAGCCCGGCAGCCACUGCCCCUCGCUCUCCGGCCAUCAGUCCCGUCCCCCCCACAGGUGGCAAAAGGGGCGGAGUCCCAGGACAAGAGAGGAGAGGGGCAGCCCCCGCAGGAUUACCCACAAUCCCUGGAGCCUGGUAAGGGAACUCACACUGUCCAUCCACUCUGACUAUGUUCCAAUUGUCUCUCCUUCCUCCCAAAGUGUGCACUUGUUCAAUUCCCUUCACUGAUUUGAAAGGCAAUGACUGGUAUAAGAAACAUUCCCACUAGCCCACGCCUCCACCAACCCAAUGGUUUUAGAUUUGUGGGAAGAAGUGAACAGGUGCUCUCUUCAGGAGAUUGGAAUUAAUUAUUGGGACGCAUCCCCAGGUUACAUUCCAAUAAUCACACUAGCAUACCACUCAUAAUUCAUGCCCAAUGCCUCAUACUGGCUGCGUUUACAUAGGCAGCCCAAUUCCGAUAUUUUUUCCACUAUUUGGUCGUUUGACCAAUCACAUCAGAUCUUUUCACAUCAGAUUUGUUUUACAUCAGAUCAGAAUUGGGCUGCCUGUGUAAACGCAGCCUAAGUGAUAUGUUAGUGUGAAUAUUGGAGCAGAACCUCUCUGAGGGAUAUAUGAGAAAUAUGUAUGAUGACAAUAGACUGUUAAGAGGGAUGUGCAAGAUAGUAAGAGACACACACGGCUCAUGCAGCUGUCAAGGGUUCUACACUAACAACCCUGGCCUUCAAAGUCUAUCUGUGAAAACUGUAAAUGCCUGAUAGGUCUGACACAGCAACAGAGGACAUAGCACUACAAAUCAUCAUCCAACAACAGAGGACAUAGCACUACAAAUCAUAAAUUAAUUGAAGUCAUAGGGACAAUCCAUCUGGCUUUUGAGAAAUGUUUCUGCCCUUUGUUUUGAAGCUUUUGUUACUUAUUCCUCUUUUAAACCUCCCUCCUUUUCUCUUUCCUCUGUUUUUAUAGACUUGCUUCCUGGAUACACCUACCCUGCCAUCGCCAUGGGUUACAGGAGCGGCCCAUCCCCCCACGAUGUCCGAUUGGCCGAGCCAGCCGACCUAGAGGCGGUCCAGGUGGAGCCUGCUGAGCAUGCUCCCCAGCCUCUCUCCAGCCUGGGGGUGGAGCUAGAGUGUCAGGCCGUGGUGAGGCCCCUCCCACACCAGGAAGUGGAGGAGGAAGAGGAGGUGCAGAGAGAGGAGGUGGAAGCCGGAGUAGCAGCAGGCAGCUGUGGACCUCCAGAUCAGGAGCAUAGGGAGAAGCAGGAGGAGCAGGUGUUAGUGUGUCCUCCUGCGGAGAGCCCUGUGUGUGAGACCUCCUCCUGUCCCAUCCCUUUCCUCCUCUCUGAGGAGGAGAACCACAGAGCUGACCCCAACUCCACACUGGAGGAGCAGGAGGAAGAAAAGUGCCAGGUGGAAGAAAAGUGCCAGGUGGAGAGAGGACAGCAGCAGGAGGUGGCAGGACAACAGGAGGAGCCAGAGCAGGGCUCCACCAUCAUCCACCUGGACCCUCCCUGCCCUGCCCAGCCCCACCAGGAGGCACACACUGAGGAGGAGGAGGGAGGAGAGGAGGAGCAGGAGGAGAGUACCCCUAAUGGUGACAACCACCCAGUAGAGUUGUUGUGCCUCUCCCCCUCCUCCCCCGCUCCCUCUCCCUCUCCAUGCCCCAGCCGGUCUAUCAUCACCCUCUCCACCUCCCUCAAACCCAUUGUGCCUAGUUACUGGAGCCUAGAGCUGCUAAUCGCCGCGGCCUUCUGCGCCGACGUCCCUCCGUUUCCCAUGCUGGCCUCCAGCACCCUCCAGCCCCAGGCCUGCGACACCCAUCCCUGCCCCAGCCACCCCCACCACGGCAUGGAGCUGCUCAGCGAGCUGGCCGACCUGGAGCUCCAACAGCACCGACACAACACAGGAGACAGCCAAGGUGAGAGAGAUACAGACAGAAAGACAGACAGACAGACGGACGGACAGGUGGACAGACGGAUGGACAGACGACAGUCUGAAAUUAUGUCAUUAUUACUACAAUCAGAAACAGGUUGAAAUUAUGACGUCAUUUUAACCAGCUUUGCUCAGAUUUGCCUGCUAGGGUGAUAUCACUUAAAGCUGGAAUCCUUAAUGUUUUUUUCAUUUAUUAGGAUCCCCAUUAGCCGAUGCCAAUGGCGACAGUUAGUCUUACUGGGUCCGACACAUAACGAAAAAGACAUUACAGACCAAAUACUUUACAAUCCUCCUAACUCUUUCCCCACCAGUGAGCCUCUGGUGUAUCCUUCCAACUCUUCCCCAGAGAUCUCUCUCUCUCUAAGAGCAGUAGCAGGCAGCACAUCUUCCUAAAAUACUCCUCUAAUGAUAGAGCAGGAGAGAGAGAAGCAGCAGAUCUCUGUUACAAUACAGACCUCUGUUACAAUACAGACCUAGACCUCUUUUACAAUACAGACCUCUGUUACAAUACAGACCUAGACCUCUGUUACAAUACAGACCUCUGUUACAAUACAGACCUAGACCUCUUUUACAAUACAGACCUCUGUUACAAUACAGACCGAGACCACUUUUACAAUACAGACCUCUGUUACAAUACAGACCUCUGCUACAAUACAGACCUAGACCUCUUUUACAAUACAGACCUCUGUUACAAUACAUACUUCUGUUACAGUACAGACCUCUGCUACAAUACAGACCUAAACCUAUUUUACAAUACAGACCUCUGUUACAAUACAGACCUCUGCUACAAUACAGACCCAAACCUAUUUUACAAUACAGACCUCUGUUAGAAUACAGACCUAAACCUCUGUUACAAUACAGACCUAAACCUCUGUUACAAUACAGACCUCUGUUACAAUACAGACCUAGACCUAUUUUACAAUACAGUCCUCUGUUACAAUACAGACCUCUUUUACAAUACAGACCCAGACCUCUUUUACAAUACAGACCUUUGUUACAAUACAGACCACUGCUACAAUACAGACCUAGACCUCUUUUACAAUACAGACCUCUGUUACAAUACAGACCUCUGCUACAAUACAGACCUAGACCUCUUUUACAAUACAGACCUCUGUUAGAAUACAGACUUAAACCUCUGUUACAAUACAGACCUAAACCUCUGUUACAAUACAGACCUCUGUUACAAUACAGACCUAGACCUAUUUUACAAUACAGUCCUCUGUUACAAUACAGACCUCUUUUACAAUACAGACCCAUACCUCUUUUACAAUAUAGACCUUUGUUACAAUACAGACCACUGCUACAAUACAGACCUAGACCUCUUUUACAAUACAGACCUUUGUUACAAUACAGACCACUGCUACAAUACAGACCUAGACCUCUUUUACAAUACAGACCUCUGUUACAAAUACAGACAUAGACCUAUUUUACAAUACAGACCACUGUUACAAUACAGACAUAGACCUCUGUUACAACACAGACCUCUGUUACAAUACAGACCUCUUUUACAAUACAGACCUCUGUUACAAUACAAACCACUGCUACAAUACAGACCUAUACCUCUUUUACAAUACAGAUCUCUGUUACAAUAACAGACCUCUGUUAAGUACAGGCCUCUGUUACAAUACAGACCAUCUGUUACAAUACAGACAUAGACCGUCUUUUUACAUACAGAACUCUGUUACAAUACAGACCUCUGUUACAAUACAGACCUCUGUUACAAUACAGACCUCUGUUACAAUACAGACCUAUGUUACAAUACAGACAUAGACCUCUGUUACAAUACAGACCUCUGUUACAAUACAGACCUCUGUUACAGUACAGGAAUCUGUUACAAUACAGACCUCUGUUACAAUACAGACAUAGACCUCUGUUACAAUACAGACCUCUGUUACAAUACAGACCUCUUUUACAAUACAGACCUCUGUUACAAUACAGACCUCUGUUACAAUACAAACCACUGCUACAAUACAGACCUCUGUUACAAUACAGACCUCUGUUACAAUACAAACCACUGCUACAAUACAGACCUAGACCUCUUUUACAAUACAGACCUCUGUUACAAUACAGACCUCUGUUACAGUACAGGCCUCUGUUACAAUACAGACCUCUGUUACAAUACAGACAUAGACCUCUUUUACAAUACAGACCUCUUUUACAAUACAGACCUCUGUUACAAUACAGACCUCUGUUACAAUACAGACCUCUGUUACAAUACAGACAAAGACCUCUGUUACAAUACAGACCUCUGUUACAGUACAUACCGCUGUUACAAUACAGACCUCUGUUACAGUACAGACCUCUGUUACAGUACAGACCUCUGUUACAGUACAGACCUCUGUUACAAUACAGACAUAGACCUCUGCUAUAAUAUUCUCUCUCUCUCUUGCCUGCUCCACUCACCCUCUGCCUCUCUGUAAAACCCUCCUCUGUUUGAUCCACACACACACACACGUGCACACAUUUGUGUAAGUACACACACACACACACACACACACAAGUGUGUAGGUAAUCACAAAAGCAGUGGGAUGUUGUUGGGACCUGCAACGUUGCCUCAGUAAUUAGAACCCAUUGUUUUAAAGUGCCUUUAAAAGCUUCCCCGGUUUCAAAGCGCCGCAGUCGCGUUUAGUUUUUUUUCUGUGUUCAUGCAAAAGGAUGUUUUGUGUUUACCCCAUCUUCCUAAUGCAUUUAACUGGUCCCAAAAGAUGCCGACUAUAAAAAGGACAUCAUCAAGUGAUUUUUAGAGUGUUGUUGUUUUCGCUGUGUGAUAUCAUCGCAUGCUCUGAGGAGUUGCUAAAGACAUCAGUAAGCAUGACUGGGUGACUUUUUGUAAUGAUAGAACUUCACACAGUCUCUCAUCAUACAUAGGCCCCAAGGGCAGAGACAGAGGUCCCAUAAUCAGUACAGCAGUACGGUAUUCCCACUCCUGAGCCAAGCCGAGCUGUACUCCACCAGCCUGGUUACACAUCCACCAUGGUCUUAAGAACCAUGCUGAAAGGACAAUGUGAAAAGAAGAUAUCUGAGCCAGCCCAGUAUGAUUUGGAUCAGCAUGAUGGUGUGAAAAAGGGUACAGUAUUUAGUACUGUAGAUAUAUCCCACAGCCACUGACCUACAGUAAUACCCUUUUCACUCAACUGAGCCAAGCUGAGCCAAUCCAAUCUGUACUGCACUGGCCUGGUUACAGUAUGCACAGUGUGAAAAGGCUACGGUAGUAUUCAAUAUAUUCCACCACAGCAGCAACAGGCCUACAGUACAGUACUGUAGAUGUCUAUACUGCAUGGCGAAACCCUGGACCAGAUGGUCUCUGCCAUACAGAUGCUGUAGAGACUCAAGCACACCAAGUACCAAUGGAUUAGUGCUGUGCCCCUUGACCUUUGACCGAGUCUGUGUUUCGGCCCACAGGAGACGAAAUGUUGAUCUUUGACCUCCAGAGUCUUGCCACCCUGGCAGCAGCCCGUGCCUUGGAACUGGGUGCCCAGGAGGCUAGCGGGGCGGGCGCCGGGCGGCCCUGCCCGGCCCGCAAGACCCUCAACCUGCGCAGGAAAUGCAGCUGGACACCUCGCCACGAACCGGUAGAGUACAACUAUACUGUGUCCUGACGUUCUAUUUAGCAUUAGAACAGAAUGCAGUACAUUCUAAAAAAUACAUUAGAAGGAAUUUUAAAUGGUUGACUGUACACUUUGAUUUUAGACUGUUAGUUUAAUAGCAUGUAUAAGCAUUUAUAAGCAAUUAUAAGCAUGUAUAAUACUUUAUGAAGCAUUUCUAAACACUUUGGCAUCCCUCAUGAUUUCAUUAUGCGUCUACAUCUGCAUCUCUUGCUGUUUGGGGUUUUAGGCUGGGUAUCUGUAAAGCACUUUGUGACAACUAAUGAUGUAAAAGGGGCUUCAUAAAAUACAUUUGAUUGAUUGAUUAGUAUUGUGAACGUUCAGGCGUGCCCGGCCAAGGGUGCCAUGGAGAGGAUGGAGGGUCCGGAGCUGGCCAUGCGGGUGAAACUGGCAGAGCUCCAGAGGCGCUACAAAGAGAAACAGAGGGAGUUAGCCAAGCUACAGAGGAAGCAUGACCACCAGUAAGAUACAACAUGUCCUUUACUAUCCUCCUAUACAUUAUCCUUCAACAUGUCAUUUACUAUCCUCCUAUACAUUAUCCUUCAACAUGUCCUUUACUAUCCUCCUAUACAUUAUCCCUCAACAUGUCCUUUACUAUCCUCCUAUACAUUAUCCUUCAACAUGUCAUUUACUAUCCUCCUAUGCAUUAUCCUUCAACAUGUCCUUUACUAUCCUCCUAUACAUUAUCCUUCAACAUGUCAUUUACUAUCCUCCUAUACAUUAUCCUUCAACAUGUCCUUUACUAUCCUCCUAUACAUUAUCCCUCAACAUGUCCUUUACUAUCCUCCUAUCCAUUAUCCUUCACCAUGUCAUUUACUAUCCUCCUAUACAUUAUCCUUCAACACGUCCUGUACUAUCUUCCUAUACAUUAUCAUUCAACGUGUCGGUUACUAUCCUCCUAUACAUUAUCCUUCAACACGUCCUUUACUAUCUUCCUAUACAUUAUCAUUCAACGUGUCAGUUACUAUCCUCCUAUACUUUAUCCUUCAACAUGUGCUUUACUAUACUCCUAUACAUUACCGUCACCUCUUUGGAAAUAAGUGUUUUAACUCUCAUGUGUUAUCCUAUGGAAUCAAAACCUUGUUAAAACAUUUAAUGAAAUCAAACUCUCCUUUACCUACGACUACCUCCUAGUCUCACGUUGUGAUACUUCCUUAGUCUCCUAAUCUCUCCUUUAACUGAUUUCUAAAAGCAGCCCACAAAACAAACUGAAGCCAUGACAACACACUCCCUUUCUAUCUCAUGAAGGAUUCCCUCUUUCCUUCUCAAGUUUAUCCGGUCCUGUGCUCAAAUACAGUAUCUUAUUGUACUCAUGAGUGUUUGUGUGUGUGUGUCUACAGGAAGGACGAAACGCCUCGCAGCCCUGCUCGUAGAGGACCGGGGCGGCCCAGGAAACGUAAAUCAACCCCCACCGCUGGCACAGGCUCCUCCACUGAGACACAGAGAAAAGUCAAGUGAGUGUGUGUGUGUGUGUGUCGUAAGGCUGAUCUCCCUCUCUGCCUGACCGUAGCCCAAACACACUGAUAAGCCUCCUACAUAUCACUGCAAUCCAGGAGACUCAUGCCAUCGACAGGAAAUGGGAGAACCCAGCUGACCCCUUCAAGGAAGUCCAGUUUAACCUAAUCUUAACCUAAUCAGCACAGAGACUGAAUUGUAUUACAGUUUAAUCCACGUCGGUGGUGGUGUGUGUGUGUGUGUGUGUGGGGUCGCCUCCUUCCUUACCCUGUUUGUGCGCGUGUGGAUGUUUUAAGUGUAUGCUUCCAUUUCAGGAUGUUGCCUGUAUAGUGUGUGUGUGUAGUGUGUGUGUGUGUGUGUAGUGUGUGUGGAUGUGUGGUUGUGUGUGUUGUGUCCGUCCACAUACUGUCUGUGAGUGCCUCUGUGUUCCAUUGUAUGCCUCUGUCCAUGUGUCUCAGCCAGUUUCCGCCCAGCUAAUUUAAAACCUGAAUGGCAUUACUGUGGGCCAGAUUGGGGGCAGGAGGGCUGGGGGGCCAGAUUGGGGGCAGGAGGGCUGGGGGGCCAGAGGGGGCCAGGAGGGCUGGGGGGCCAGAGGGGGGCCAGGAGGGCUGGGGGGCCAGAGGGGGGCCAGGAGGGCUGGGGGGCCAGAGGGGGCCAGGAGGGCUGGGGGGCCAGAGGGGGGCCAGGAGGGCUGGGGGGCCAGAGGGGGCCAGGAGGGCUGGGGGGCCAGAGGGGGGCCAGGAGGGCUGGGGGGCCAGAGGGGGGCCAGGAGGGCUGGGGGGCCAGAGGGGGCCAGGAGGGCUGGGGGGCCAGAGGGGGCCAGGAGGGCUGGGGGGCCAGGAGGGCUGGGGGGCCAGAGGGGUCUAGGGGUUGUCUGGGGUGCGCUGGGGAGCUGAGAGCGGUGGAAGGGGGCUGGUGGGGGUUGUAAUUAGAGUCCUGUGAAUUCUCCUGUAAUCUGCCCCGGCUCCAGGAAUGGGACAUGGCCUGUUAUUAAGCCCAGGGGGUCAGGAGGGGUCAGGAGGGGACCGGGUCGGUCACACAGGGCCGUACAGCCGCCAAGACACACUGACAUCAGAGGGGGCGUGUGUGGGGGGGGGGGGGGGGGGGGGGGGGAGGGUUGUGUGUGUGUACAGCCCAUUGCUCUCAAUUUAUCUCACAAAUUAUAGUCACAUGCAUUGGUUGAAGCACAAUGUUAAAUUCAAAUCUCCCUACCAUCAUAUCUAAGCCAAUAUGACACCAAUGUCGAUGAGAAUUUGCAAGUCAGCUUGAUUGAAGGUACACAACACACUACCGCCUCUCGUCAUUAGCCGUCUGUCCGUUACCAAGAACCACUAUACCUGAUUUUUGACAAGUCGUUAGCAUUAGGGUCGUCAGACUUUUUUUCUCUCCUAAAAUUAGCUCAAAUUCUAGACGUCGGAUCAAAAGGGGACCAUUAGACUUAGAUCUGUUUGGACUGAAUACGUUUGUAGGUGCAAGAGUUUUUACUAUAUUCGCAAUUUAUUGCUCUCACGCGCACAUUUGUGCCCAAUAAAAACCAACAAUGUGCUACCUUUUUGCAGCAUUUCUGACAAUGCUAACAUAUUUUCAGCCGAAUCUCAGAGUUCUAAAACCGGGUCGAGCAACUUGGUUGCUGCGCAACAGUAGCAGCUAGCUAGUAGAAGGCUAGCAGCUGUAGCUAGCUAGUAGAAGGAUAGCAGCUGUAGCUAGCUAGCUAACGCCAGUUGGAUGAGAAGCAAAAGGAAGGUAGCUAGCUAGCUAGGUAUAUUUGGCUAUGGAAGGUUUUUCAUAUGGCUGAAGUCAUCUGUGUAAACUGCUGGCUUGGACACUUGUGUGUAAUCAGAGCACAAUCAAAUAAGCUGUAUAUAUAUAUAUAUAUAUAUAUAUAUAUAUAUAUAUAUAUAUAUAUAUAUAUAUAUAUAUAGCAUUAGGCUGUAUGUAUUUUUUGACAUAGUCCUAUUGUAAAUGUGUAUUAUUGUAGCAUCAUCAUCUGUAUUGCAAAAAUAAAUACAAAUACACAAUAACUUUAAGCUACAUUGUCAUUUGAGGUAAUGAACUGUCCGUUGUUCAGCACAGCAAUUGAUAAAACAGGACCAUGUUUGAAAAACAAUAUUACACAGGUAAGCUAAUGGUUACAGAAAUCAGGAAUGUAGACAGGCUCUAUAGACGUCUAUGUCUAUAUGAGUGACUGUGAUGAACAUACCACCUCCUGUUGUUCUGUUGAGUACCUACUGACCCAAAAAUAUAUUAUGAAAUAUAUUUAUUUUUCAAUUACAUGUAUUGUUAAAAUAAAGGUUUAACAUUACCAUAUUACUACAAGGCAAAACAGCUCACUCAAUCAACCCUGAUGAUGUUGUAAGUAUAAAAGCAAAACUUGCUUUCAUAUAAUAAAAAAAGCUUUAAAAGGUAGUGGAAUGGGUUAAUGUCUUAGUGUGGGGUGGGAAGGAUGCAAUACAUUACCUUGUAUGUGGUACAAGUCACAUUAUUGUGGGAGCACGUCCACUAAGAGUAUGAAUUAGGCUGUUUGAGAAGGUUUGAAUCCUAAGCAACCUGCAUACACAUAGUUGGAAGUACAAUAGACCAACGAAGCUAUUGUAGUAGGUCAAAGCUGUGUGCUGAAAAACCUUGGUAGAGCAUGAGUUAAGUAGGCAUUGUGGUGAUCAUGUGGAUUUCCUUUCUUUUUCGGCUUGAGACCAAUCCCUACUUCUCACUUAAAACAUAGUUUUUUUGUUUUUAAUAAAUAAAUGGGUAGCUCGUAAUUGUUAUCCAAAUUCUGAAAUAAAAUAUUAAUAAUACAUGAAUAUAAAUAAUUAAUCUGGAUGUGGGUGUUAUUGCUCGUCCCCAGGGAAACACAGAAACUAAAAAAGGUUCCCACAAACAUCAGCCGCCCAUAUCUUUAUUUUACUAUGUCGUUGUGUAAAUGCUCAUUGGUGGUAUCCAGAUUGGAGCGUGUGUGCCUGUGUCAUUGUGUGUGUGUCAUUGUGUUUGUGUGCUUGUGUGUGCAUGUAUACAUCUAUGUGUGCAUCCAUGUGUGUGUGCGUCUACUCGCGUGUGUGUACAUCUGUGUGUGUGUGUGUGUCUCUGUGUUGUCAAUUUUCAAUUAGUGCUGUCAUCAGUGUCCAUAUGGAAGCCUUGGAGGGGCUUAGUGCCACCCCUGAGCAGCCAACAGUUAUUUUCCCUCUCUCCCAUUUCUGGGCAGCGUUCCAUAGUGCUUCCAGCUCUCCCACUGCGAUGUCACCUCCACUCUCCUUCCGCCUGUGUACCCCUGCCCCCUUCCCUCACAUUCUCCCCUCCAGUCCUCCCCUCCCCCACCCCUCGCCCAACACUGAUGCCCUGUGACAGUGACACCAGAAAUGAAAGGGCGGCAGGGCCUACAGCGAAGGGAUGGGUGGGGGGGUGGAAGGAUGGAUGGAUGGGGGGAGGGAGGGGGAGAUGGAGGGGGGGAAGAAGGGGUCUCGGUCCAGCAGUGGCCGGCAUGACUGGUCUCCAGUUACAGUAAGGUCUCCAUGACUGGUCUCCAGCUAUAGUAAGGUCUCCAUGACUGGUCUCCAGCUAUAGUAAGGUCUCCAUGACUGGUCUCCAGCUACAGUAAGGUCUCCAUGACUGGUCUCCAGUUACAGUAAGGUCUCCAUGACUGGCCUCCAGUUACAGUAAGGUCUCCAUGACUGGUCUCCAGUUACAGUAAGGUCUCCAUGACUGGCCUCCAGUUACAGUAAGGUCUCCAUGACUGGUCUCCAGUUACAGUAAGGUCUCCAUGACUGGCCUCCAGCUACAGUAAGGUCUCCAUGACUGGCCUCCAGCUAUAGUAAGGUCUCCAUGACUGGUCUCCAGUUAUAGUAAGGUCUCCAUGACUGGUCUCCAGCUAUAGUAAGGUCUCCAUGACUGGUCUCCAGUUAUAGUAAGGUCUCCAUGACUGGCCUGCAGCUACAGGAAGGUGGGUGUUUUUUAAUGAGACACGUGCAGACAGGGACAGAUUGGCCCAAUGUUGUGUUACAUUGGAGGGCUAUGUAAAACCAAUUUCCUUUGGUAGAGUUGCUUGGGCGCUUUGUGUUGCUGGCUGUUCUGAUUGGAUUGUGUGUGUGUGUGUGUGUGUGUGCGGACGUGCGUGGGUGUAUCUGUAUCUUUGUGCGUGUUUAACUCUGUGUGUGUGUAUGCGUGUGUGUGUGCGUGUGUGUGUGCGUGUGUGUACAAACUAGGAGCUGCUAAUCAACUGUGCUCUGUCACGUUGUUUGUCAGUGUGUGAGGGAGGGAAGGGGUCGGAGGUGUCCGCCACUCAGGGACAGCUCACACUUCUGCCACCUCUGCCAUUCUCCUGUCAGUCACACACACACACAACACACAACACACACACACACACACACACACACACACAUACACGUACACACACAGACAGCCCUGCGUCACAUCUAGUCUACCCCUCUUUCCCUCCCUCCAUCACUUUCUCUCCCUCCCUCCAUCCAUCUCUCUAUCCCUCUCUCUCCCUCUCUCUCCCUCUCUCUCCCUCCCUCCCUCCUUGCUAUUACAGAUGUACUUCAAUGUGCACGUAUGAAGUACAAGCACACACACACACACACACACACACACACACACACACACACAGUCAGUUUGUCACGUUUUUACCUGGCACAUAUUACACACACACACAUGCACGCACGCACAUGCGCUAUUCUAGCCUGUGUGUAAUGAUGUAAACAGAGGACUUACAGCUCAGCGUAAUAGAUAGUUCCCUUUUAACUCUGAAAGGUUUUGAGCCAGCGAUCCACAAUCCCGAUUAGGCGGGGGGGGAAUGCCGCUGCUAGCUUUCCCAGUCAAUGUGACUGAUGGCAUGGCUAAGGCUGUGCACACAGUAGGAGAGGGGAAGUUCAUCUUUUGUUUGAGUAUGGUCUGGCUCACAUCUGUGUGGUCGCCGGGCAGGUUUCCAGGAGGAAAUUCAAGGGCAUUUUCCCUCUGCUUCUAUCCAGCCCUGUGAUGUUGCUAUUCUGUAGGGGGAAGAGGAGCUGCUAGCCACACUGAUAUGGAAAUGGAAACUGGAGAGCUAUGAUAUUCAACUGCCAGAACAAUAGAAGCCGCAUACAAAUGCAGAACGUGCCUUCAGACCAUUCACUGAUUCCCUGUAUCUUUCAAAGCGUCUCUCUGUGCCGGUAUAGGCCAGGGGGAACUCCCUUGAUAAAGCAUUCCGGCUUCUUAUUCCUCCAACAAUCCCAGGUUCGCCCCGUUAGAUCCCAAUUUUUCAAGCGUGCCGGUUUGGGGGUUUGGGAGAACAGGGCUCCGGGGUUUUCUCUUCUUCUGUUCUUCUGUUCAUCAGCUAUAACAACCCACAGAGAGGUGACUCAACCCCUCAUUUUCCCCCUCUGAUCUUUCUCUCUUUCAUUCCACCACUAUUCUUCUUCCUCUCUAAUGAAUGCGUCUCCUGUGUUUUGACUGGCAGGUCGUUAGGGGCGGGACUUGGCCUGUCGCCCGAGGACCUGCAGGGAGGAGGGGGCGGGGACACCCAGAGGAAGAAGAAGAAGCUGUCCAAUCGGGGCUUUGAGCGGCUUGGCGCGGCAGAGGUCAGGGUUCUUUAGUUUUAUCUCUUUGUCCUCUAUCCCUUCAAAACAGCUACACACUCUGUAGAACACCCUUACAGUUACUCAACUCUUCUCUGAGCCCCUCCAUACAGUAUUCUACCAUUACUGCUAUGUAGCCUGCUAGCCUUUGUGUUAUACCGUAUGCUAUGUUAGCCAGUACGAACCAACACUGUUAGCCUAGCCCCGCUAAUGCUAGUUGUUGUGUAUAUAUUGUAUGUUGUGUGAUCUAUGUUUACCCUAAUAGCCUAUAUUUUAAAUUAAAGUGUGAGGGUUUUGUACACACUCUUUGUUUCUUUUUUUCUUGACACAUUUCUAGUCAAUAGUACCAGUGGAGGCUGGUGGGAGGAGCUAUAGGAGGAUGGGCACAUUGUAAUGGCUGGAAUGGUAUCAAUGGAACGGAGUCAAACAUGUGGUUUCCAUAUAUUUUAUAUGUUUGAUACCGUUCCAUUAAUUCCAUUCCAGCCAUUACAAUGAGCCUGUCUUCCUAUAGCUCAUCCCACCAGCCUCCACUGAUUAGAACCCUUAGGGGAAACUCUAAAGAGUCAAAUCCCCAGCUCUCCAUGUUAAUAUAUUUUUCAUUUGUGGAUCUUCUUCUGUUCCUCUGGCCAUCUGUGUGCUGAGCUGAGCUAUGUCCCUCUGGCUGUCUGUGGGCUGAACUGAGCUCUGUCCCUCUGGCUGUCUGUGGGCUGAACUGAGCUCUGUCCCUCUGGCUGUCUGUGGAGCUGAACUGAGCUCUGUCCCUCUGGCUGUCUGUGGGCUGAACUGAGCUCUGUCCCUCUGGCUGUCUGUGAGCUGAACUGAGCUCUGUCCCUCUGGCUGUCUUUGGGCUGAGCUGAGCUCUGUCCCUCUGGCUGUCUGUGAGCUGAACUGAGCUCUGUCCCUCUGGCUGUCUUUGGGCUGAGCUGAGCUCUGUCCCUCUGGCUGUCUUUGGGCUGAGCUGAGCUCUGUCCCUCUGGCUGUCUGUGGGCUGAACUGAGCUUUGUCCCUCUGGCUGUCUGUGUCCGGAAGUGUAAAGGUCUCACUCUCUCUCUUUCUACUCUCACUCUCUCUGUUCUCUCUCAAUUUAUAUUUCUGUUCUCUCUCUCCCUCUCCAUCGCUCUCUCAUUCUCUCUCGCUCUAUUCCUAUCUCUUUCUUUCUCUCUUGUCUCUGUUCUGAUAGAUAAAGGUGCAGGGCAGCAGCAGAAAGAGUGUCCUCCAUGGUGUCCUCAGCUCUAAGCUGGCCCGUGACGUGGCUCAUCACCACCAGCACCUCAGACAGCACAAGGCCCAGGGCGGGAUGAGGACUGGGAUGGGGGCGGGGCCACGGGAUAAGGAGGAGGCGGCCUCUGCGUCUAGUUCCGCCCCCAAGCACCAUGGACGUCAAGGCCAAGCCACCUCCAAGGCUGAGUCCCGACGAGUCAUCAACGAGUCCGGCGGUCAGAGUGACACUGGUAAGAUUCAUGAUGAUUGAUUUCAUUUGCAACCUUUGGAGUUUUCUCACAAUGUUGUGUUUCAGUUAUGUGACGGACAUGUGACUUUAUAUAGGCAUGUUAUUUGUGUCAUAUGAUGUGGAACCACAUGGUGGGAACCACACUUUUUUCUGUAUUGGGAUAGUGAGUGCAUUCCUUAUUUUGCCCUGACCUGAGCAGUGACUGGUGUGCUCUGUAUGUGUAGGCUACCAUAGAGAGAAACACUACCAUAGCCCACCUAUAAUAAUAAUAAUAAAAAUAAUAAUAAAUAAUAAUAUGGCUGCCCUGUAGUUAAGUUAUUAGACCGACGAUGUCCGUUCUAGUGUUGUAAUUCUAUCUCUAUGGUGUGUACCGAUCUGAGUCACGGCACAAAUGUAACCGGCGGGGUCCUAUACUCAUACUCUAUGUGUGUCCUCCCUCUCUCAGCAGCCAGUGGAGACAGCGGCGGCCAGGAGGGCUGGACGGGGACCCCGCUAAUGAUGCGUGGGGGCAGGAGGAAGGGGAUGGGGAUGGGGGGAGCUCUGGGGGUCCAGGGGUCCGCACGGCUGCAGCAGCCCAGAGCCAGGAGCCAGGAAGCCAUGGAGGAGGGACAGACCACCCCCGCAGAGAGUGAAUCCUCCGACCAGGGUGAGUGGGCUGAGGUGUCUGGGUGGAGGGGUGGGGGGGACAGUGUAAGAGGGGUGAGUAGGGGUCAGGGUGAGUGGGAGAGGUGAGAGUGGGUUAUGGAGACAGGGACAGAUAAGGUUGGGUGAGUGGGACAGGGAAACGGGGACAGAUAAAGUUGGGUGAGUGGGACAGGGAGACGGGGUGAGUGGGGCAGGGAAACGGGAACUGAUAAGGUUGGGUGAGUGGGACAGGGAGACGGGGUGAGUGGGGCAGGGAAACGGGGACAGAUAAGGUUGGGACAGGGAAACGGGGACAGAUAAGGUUGGGUGAGUGGGACAGGGAGACUGGGUGAGUGGGGCAGGGAAACGGGGACAGAUAAGGUUGGGUGAGUGGGACAGGGAGACGGGGACAGAUAAGGUUGGGUGAGUGGGACAGGGAAACGGGGACAGAUAAGGUUGGGUGAGUGGGACAGGGAGACGGGGUGAGUGGGGCAGGGAAACAGGGACAGAAAAGGUUGAGUGAGUGGGAGACAGGGGGUGAGUGAGACAGGGAGACAGGGGGUGAGUGGGACAGGCAGACAUGGGGUAAGUGGGACAGGGUGACGGGGUGAGUGGGACAGGGAGACGGGGAGAGUGGGACAGGGUGACGGGUGAGUGGGACAGGGAGACGGGGUGAGUGGGACAGGGAGACAGAGUGAGUGUUCAGGUGGGGUGUGAGAGAUUCCUGUCCUACUGGCAAGCUCUCUUCUCCAGCCAGGUCAGGUACACAGGCACGCUAUACCCUUCACUCAACACACUAUACCCUUCACUCAACACACUAUACCCUUCACUCAACACACUAUACCCUUCACUAAGUGUGGAAGGCACCUCUGACCUGUCACCAAGCUCAUAAACAACCUUCUUCAUUAGUAAGCUACUUCUAUAGAGCACGGGAAGCAUUUAAAAUCAUAUCACAUUGUCUCAUGCACUCUAUACACAAGUUAAGGAAUAAAAUACACACACACACACACACACACACACACAUUCAGAAGGCUGCCACUCGAGCCCUCGUGUGAGCUUUGUUAAUUUGUUAAUUACUCUGAAAGUGAUCCCUGUCAGUGUUCAGAGGUAAGUGAGAACGUGUUGAUGAACGCCUCGUAAAUGACAAGUGGUGUCGGCAGCGCGCGGACACCCGACACCUCCGCUAGUACGUGUGUGUGUGUGGGUGUGUGUGUGGGUGUGUGAAGCUGGGCCACAGCUGUGGAUAGCUGCCUGUGAGAAGCUCUGACAGGCCAUGGAGACAAGCAGGCUGGACCACAGAGCAGUUACAGGCUGCAGAGACACACACCCACACCACGUGCACGCAACACAAGACCACACACACACACACACACACACCAAGACAGACAUACAUACACACGCAUGAGCAAGCGAGCUAGCACAUGCACGCAAACCCACACACACACAAACACACACAUACACACACAAUCACUCAGAACUCAGUACUCCAGACACACUUUAGGUCCCAGCCACAGAAAACAGCAGUCAGAAGCUCCUGGUAUUUCAUCAUUAUAAAUGGUUAUUUGUUUUCCUCCAGGAAGACAACAAGAUAACGAGGCAGUUGCUAAAUGUUAGAAUGUAGAAAACAAGUUUUAGACAAUGGGGAAAUACAAGCCUCUAAAUGCUUUCUAAUGAUAAGCAAAGGAAGUCUGUUAAAGGAACUAGAUAGGCUGGAUUUAAACACAAUACUGAAUGAAUGUUGUUCUCUCUUUAGAAGAGGAAGAAGAGGAAGGAAGUUAUGACAGUGACGAAGGACAAGACAUUAAAGCACAACCCUCCCGAGACGUCUUAUCAUGCUCCGCCGUGAUUGGUCCAUCCCCCUCGUCUGUCGUCAAGCUGGAGGCCAAUCAGAAAGCCCGGAACAAGAGAGAGAGGCAGGAGCUUUACGGUAAGAAGACAGGCCUGGUGUGUGUGUGUGUGUUUGUGUGUCUGUGUGUGUGUUUGUGUGUCUGUGUGUAUGUGUGUGUGUGUGUGUAUGUGUGUGUGUGUGUGUGUGAGUUACGCUAUACCAAUUCUGUCACCAGUGGAGAUAUCUAAAAUGAAGAAUCGCUGUAACAUUGAUCAGCUUUGACAUGUUUACAAUGUUUACUAAAUAUGUGUCAUACACAAGUACAGAUGCUCACAGGGGACAUGGUACUAUAAACAUCUAUAACCCCCCACCCCCCAAAUUUGUUUUUAAAAAACAAAAAAAUACAUCUCCACGAGAAGCAUCUGUUUUGUUUUAGUCUGUGGGGUCAUUACUGGUCUAAAUUCUUCUCUAACUCCUGAUUGAGAGAAAAUAAAGGAAUGAAACACUGGUUCAGGACGAAUAAUACAGAGUACCUCAUCAACUGUUAGCUCCUACCUUACUAAUUCAGAGAGCACAUUGGCUCCCCUACCACUGACCCUCCACACUCACACCUGUCUACCAUUGACCCUCCACACUCACACCUGUCUACCACUGACCCUCCACACUCACACCUGUCUACCACUGACCCUCCACACUGACACCUGUCUACCACUGACCCUCCACACUCACACCUGUCUACCACUGACCCUCCACACUGACACCUGUCUACCACUGACCCUCCACACUGACACCUGUCUACCACUGACCCUCCACACUUACACCUGUCUAUUCUUACUGGCACUGAUUUGACAGAUUGUGUCUGUUUUGAGGAACUUGACUAUAAUAUGUGGUUAUUUUACCUACCUUUAGUUGAAUGCACUAAUUGGAUUGUAAGUCACACUGAAUUAGAGUGCUAAAUGACUCAAAUACUAAAUGUAAUUAGUCAUGUAUUACUACAUAUAAUUAUCGAUUGAACCGCGCAGGUUCCCAGAGUCUGUCCGGGGCGGAGGGAGAGGUGAAGGUGAGGAAGAGGGCCCCCUGUAGGCUUGGCAUGGUCACUGCAGCCAAGAAGCACCCAGAGUACCAGGACCAGUCAGAGGGGGUGAGGAGGGCUGGCGGACCCAGGCCCCAGGAGCCUCGCUGGGAGAGCCUAGGGACCAGGGGCAGCCUCUACCGGAGGACCAUGGGGUCAGUCACCUUCUCCACCACCAGUGAGAGGCUGAAGAGGGCCACACGCAAGAACACCAUGCUGAGAGGACCCAUUAACAAGGUUAGUGUUAAGGAUUUCACCCUGCUUGCUUGGCGAGUACCGCUUCCUCCUGUUUCGGCUCAUACUAAGGCUCUAACCCAGGACCACUGCCUCACAAAGACACCUGACCUCCCUCCUGAAGAGUCUUACCCAGUCGCGUCACCGAAAAGCUAGCUAUUCGGCACUGCAAGUGGAGACACAGGGUGUGUCCUAGAGAUCAGGAUUAUUCAGUCAUUGAUAUGCACCUGAGUGCCUAAUGUACAGUGGUGUGUAUGUGACGUAUGGAAUCAAUCCAGGUGAUGUUUCCCCUAGGUACAGUGGUGGAAAAAGUACUCAAUUGUCAUAUUUAAAGAUACCUUAAUAGAAAAUGACUCAAGUAAAAGUGAAAGUCACCCAGUAAAAUACUACUGAGUAAAAGUCUAAAAGUAUGUGGUUUUACAUGUACUUAAGUAUCAAAAGUCAAUGUAAUUGUUAAUAUAUAUUUAAGUAUCAAAAGUAAAAGUAUAAAUCAUUUCAAAUUCCUUAUAUUAAGCAAACCAGAUGGCACAAUCUUCCAUUUUUUAUUUAUUUACGGAUAGCCAGGGGCACGCUCCAAUACUCAGACAUAAUUUACAAACGAAGCAUCUGUGUUUAGUGAGUCCACCAGAUCAGAGGCAGUAGGGAUGACCAGGAAUGUUCUCUUGAUAAGUGCGUGAAUUGGACCAUUUUCAUGUCCUGCUAAGCAUUACAAUUUUGUGGUGUCAGGGAAAAUGUAUGGAGUAAAAAAUACAUUAUUUUCUUUAGGAAUGUAGUGAAGUAAAAGUAAAAGUUGUCAAAGAUAUAAUAGUAAAGUAAAGUACAGAUACCCCCAAAAACAACUUAAGUACUUUACACCACUGCCUAGGUACAGAUCUAGGAUCAGCUUCUCUUCUCCAAAUCCUAACCUUAACCAAUAGUGGGGGAAAAUGCGAAACUGAACCAAGUUACAAUUACACAACUUCAAUCUCUUAGAACAUGUGAAGUUAACCAAGAGUGUGAUACACUCUUAGAAAAAAGGGUUCCAAAAGGGUUCUUCGGCUGUCCCCAUAGGAUACCUCUUUUGGGUUCCAUGUAGAAUGCUCUAUGGAAAGGGUUCUACAUGGAACCCAAAAGGGUUCUACCUGGAACCAAAAGGGUUCUUUCUGGAACCAAAAAUGAUUAUUCAAAGGGUUCUCCUAUGGGGACUGCCGAAGAACCCUUUUAGGUUUUUUCUUUUGCAACAUUUAGAAUUUAGACAAUUACACAACUUCAAUCUCUUAGAAUAUGUGAAAGGUUAACCAAGAGUGUGAUAUAUAUUGCAACAUUUAGAAUUUCAACAAUUACACAACUUCAAACUCUUACUCAAUCUCUCACAUAACCAUUGCAUAAUCCGAUUGCUGCCAAAUUCAACCAACGCCAUUCUCUCCUCACACUGGGAUGUUUCAUACUGUAGCACUAACUAGCGAUGCAGAGAUCCACGCAAGCGCACACAUGCUCACACGCACACUAAUUUACUCACUCACUCACUCCUCUCUUCCUGGUCACAUGUUACAGAGGAGAAGUUGCUGGUCAGGCGGUGUCCAAUCACCUCAGAGUAACGACAACACUUGCAGGGGGAGGAGGAUCCGAAACAAACAGGUAAUCAGAAUCACUCAAUCAGCCCUCAAUGCUCAACUCUAACCUCUAACCUUUCAUUUGGCUGAUCUGAUUUGCCGUUGGUAGGUCCUAUAUUCAUAGGCUAUAUGAUGCUCGGAGGUUGUUGUAUGUACCGGUAUGUCAAAGCGUUUAGCAAAGCAUCUGACAGCCUGGAAUUCAAAGUGAUAUGCUCUGUGUCACCAUGGAUAUAGUUCCAGGCUACAUCCGACUCCCUCCCUGCUGAGUAACUGUGUGAGAGUGGGCAGGAAAUUGGGGGAUGGGGGAGUGUGGAUCACACCUUCUUAUGUGGAAGAGUGAAACUAUGUCAGGGAAAAUGGCUACCUCCAGGGGACAUAUACAUGCACUGUUUAGUGUCAAUCUCUUAGUUGCAUGCUAACUAACUAACUAUCUAUCUCUCUCUCUCUCUCUCUCUCUCUCUCUCUCUCUCUCUCUCUCUCUCUCUCUCUCUCGCUCAAUUCAAUUUAAGGGGCUUUAUUGGCAUGGGAAACAUAUGUGUACAUUGCCAAAGCAAGUGAAAUGGAUAAACAAAAGUGAAAUAAACAAUAAAAAGUGAACAAUAAAUAUUACACUGACACAAGUUCCAAAAUAAUGGAGACAUUUCAAAUGUCAUAUUAUGUCUAUAUACAGUGUUGUAACGAUGUGGAAAUAGUUAAAGUACAAAAGGGAAAAUAAAUGAACAUAAAUAUAGGUUGUAUUUACAAUGGUGUUUGUUCUUCACUGGUUGCCCUUUUCUUGUUGCAACAGGUCACAAAUCUUGCUGCUGUGAUUGCACACUGUGGUAUUUUACCCAAUAGAAAUGGGAGUUUAUCAACAUUUGAUUUGUUUUCGAAUUCUUUGUGGGUCUGUGUAAUCUGAGGGAAAUAUGUGUCUCUAAUAUGGUCAUACAUUUGGCAGGAGGUUAGGAAGUGCAGCUCAGUUUCCACCUCAUUUCUCUCUCUCUCUCUCUCUCUCUCCAGCCCAAGGGCCGUGCGGUGAGCCGGCUACUAGAGAGCAUGGCGGCGGACGAGGGCUUUCAGAUGGACGAGGAUGAUAGUAGCUUCUCCGAGGGGGAUGAGGACAGUAACCCGUCAUACCCUCACAACCCCAGGAGCCCACUAGGUGAGGAGGGAACACUGUCACACACACAGUUGUGUAUUGCUAUCCUUGUGGGGACCAAAUAAUUGAUUCCCAUCCAAAACCUCUAACCCUAACCCUAAAACUAUACCUAACCCUAACUCCUAACACUAAACCUAACCGUAAACCCAAACCCUAACCUUAAUUCUAACCCUAACCCUAAUUUGACCCUAACCUAACCCCUAAGCCUGAAAUAGCAUUUUUCCUCGUGGGGACAGGCAAAACUGAAUUUUCCUUGUUUUACUAUCCUUGUGAGGACUUGUGGUAUCCACAAGGAUAGUUGAACACACACCCACACACACACGCACACACACACACACACACACACAUAAACACACACACACGAUAGGAGGGAACAUAGAUGCACUUCCAUACACACUGUUGAUGUGUGCUGUCUUUCAUAAAAUGACUGUGUGUGUAUCUGUGUGUACGACUCACCCAGCAGCCCCCAGCUGUGUCCUGACCAAACAGCUGCUGACAGAUGGACUCAGGGUGCUCAUCUCCAAGGAGGACGAACUUCUCUACGCAGCCCGGGUCCACACACUGGAGCUGCCAGACAUGUGAGCAUACAUUUACAUGGACAUUUGAGUCAUUUAGCAGACACUCUUAUCCAGAGCAACUUACAGUAGUGAGUGCAUACACACGCACACGCACACACACACACACACACACACACACACACACACACACACACACACACACACACACACACACACACACACACAUAUAUACAGUAUAUACAGUAUCAACCAAUACUCCUCAGUGGCUGGGAGCGAUGGUUGGUCUUCUCUACAGUGAAUCCACACACCCCCUGCAGAGCGCUCUCUCUUCUUAGUCCAUUAGCGUCUCUCCAAGCCUCCGUGAUCCAACUCCUCCAACCCCUCUACCUCACCCCCACCGCCCUAUCUCACCUCCCUCUAACACCCCCCCUACCUCUCUCUCACGUCCUGAACUCUCUCUCUCUAACCCCCUUUCUCUCCUCCUCCUCCCAAGCUCCCACUCUCCUCAUCUCCCCCUCCCUGAUAACCCAACCCCCCCCUCUCUCUGUUACAUAACUCCAUGUCUUCUCACACACAGCUCACUCUGAGCAGAAGAGUGUUGAUAAUGCUGCUCCGCCAGCAGGCAAUAAAAGGUGGAACGGGGGAGUGGGAGAGUGACACGUGAAGCCAGGCAGGCAUAAUACCCACACAUCUGAAAAUAUGCUUUCCCCGCUCCACACCUCACUCCAGAAGUACUCGCAGUCAGACUGACGACAUAAUCGAGUCAUACUAUCUCAUAGCUCUCUACUCGAUUCCCUCCCUCUAUCUCUCCUCUCUCUCUCUCGAACGCUCCUCUCUCUCUCUCUCGUAACUCUCUCUCAGCAUCUCCUAUCUUCUCUAUUCUACUAGGUUAUUCAGUUCUACUCUCUCUUAGCAGACUUGGCAUGACGAGGGGAGGGAGAGGAGAACAACACACCAGAACAGACUCCCUGGAGCAACUGCUGCAGGAAGCGGUGAGUUCAGUUCCUACCCCCUCUUAGAAAACAAUAGCUUCCCCCACCCCUAGACCUAUGGGGUGGCGCCCGUAAAGGGAUAACAUUAGGGAUCCUAAAACCCCGAAAGAAAGAGAAAACAGAAACGACCGAUAGAUCCGAGAGAAGACUCACGAGAAGCUAGAAGCAUCUUCCUUCCGCUCUCUCACCUCUCUCCUCCUCUCCUCUCCUCUACUGUCCUCUACUGUCCUCUACCCUCUUUGAGUUUCUGUGCCUGUGUGUGUGUACGUUAAAGUCACUGUGUAGGGAUAAUCCCUCUAGCACCUGCUCCAUACAUGUUUUGUGUCUUAAUGGGAAACGAUGCAGACUUCCCUCCUGGUAGCACAGGCUGCCCAUACUGAUGGAGACACAGGCUCAUACUGUAGACAAACUGUAACUGUCAAAAUAAAGGAAACAGUGGUGGUUCCUGAGUUAAUGAAGUAAUUAACAUCCCAUCAUGCUUAGGGUCAUGUAUAAAAAUGACCAGUUGCCCAUUAUUUUGCCUACCAUGGCUAGAAGAAGAGAUCUCAGUGACUUUGAAAUAGGGGUCUCAAAGGAGCACAGGGGGUUUAAAGGGUGUGUGUGUGUGUGUGUGUGUGUGUGUGUGUGUGUGUGUGUGUGUGUGUGUGUGUGUUUCUCAGUCACCAGAUCUCAACCCAACUGAACAUUUAUGGGUGAUUCUGGAGCGGCGCCUGAGACAGUGUUUCCCACCCAAUUAUGGAUUUUCUUGUGGAAGAAUGGUGUCGGAUCCCUCCAAUAGAGUUCCAAACACUUGUAGAAUCUAUGCUAAGGUGCAUUGACGCUGUUCUGGCAGCUCGUGGUGGCCCAACGCCCUAUUAAGAACACUUUAUGUUGGUGUUUCCUUUAUUUUGUCAGUUACCUGUAGAUCUAGCAGAACAUAUAAAGGACAGUUCAGGGUCAUGUUCAUUAGGCACCAAACGGAAGAAACCACACUGAAACAGGGAGGGAUUACCUGGACGUGUCCAAGAAGGAAACGCUCUCUUCCAAAUUUUGAAGCACUUAAAAGCAAAUCCCGAAUGAACACGACCCUGCAAAUGAUGAGCAGGAUAGGAUAGUAGCCUGCUCAGAGGAAAUAUAUACCAGAAUCUCAACCCUCAGUUAGAUUUUCUUAUUAGCACCUGGGUUUGAGUACCAGAGUGUGUGUGUUUGCCCUCUGUAGUUUCUGGUGGUGCUCCAUGCUAAGCUAACAUUACAGUUUAUCUAAGCCAUCAGUGAAAUGGAGCCUAAUUAUACACUGUAAACCGCAGGGCAUUCUUGGCAGGCGUUCAUUUGCGUUUCGCUGUGUAACCUGUUCAAGCUAGCUUCGUCUUUCCUGUGUGUGUGUGUGUGUUUUUUUUUUUUCUCCUGGAAGGAAAGCUCUGCUGGUGUUUAUUGUAAACCGAACCGGUGACUUUUGCCCCACAUUCUGAUGACAUCCUGGCGCUACGGCUCAGUGGCAGCUGGGUCAUCUCAUAACAGAGACCUUAGACCCACACACACACACACACACACACCUUCCUCUACCCAGAAGAGGAGAGGAGAAAGAGAGGAGUGUGUAGAGGACAACCUGGUUGUUCCUCAAUGUUUUUUUGCAUCACUUCUCCUUGCCAUACUUUAGUAACUAGGAGGAUCCUCUCUCUCUCUCUCUCUCUCUCUCUCUCUCUCUCUCUCUCUCUCUCUCUCUCUCUCUCUCUCUCUCUCUCUCUCUCUCUCUCUCUCUCUCUCUCUCUCUCUCUCAAGCACACAAGUAUCCUUUAGUCAAAAUGCUAACAAACCUUCUCUCCCUGACACAUAAACAUUUCUCAACUGGUGUUAAAGAGGGGGGGGGGGGGUUCCCCUCAGCCCAGUUGCAUAGUCAGUCCAUCAGUGCUCUAAUCUUGGCAGCUGUGCCGUCCACUUUGUAACAUGUGUGUGUGCCUUCCGCCGUGUAACGUGUGUGUGCGUGUCCGCUGUGUAAACGGCCGUCAGAUAGCAGCUGUUCAUAAUUACACCAUAUUUCCACUUUCUUGUCUUUCAAUUGUUCCAACAGCCAUUCAUGUAUAACUCUUACACCAAGACCCCAUAUUCCCCUGAGCAGAGCCUGAGGCCCCACUCACACACACAUAUGCAUGCACGUGCGUGUGUGCUCAGAAACACACACAACCGUGAACACACAAACACACAGUCACACAAACACACUACCAAAAAACACACACUAAACGCCUGCCUAUAACCCACAUAUCAUCAGUCAAGGACCCCUCUCCAUGGCAACUGUAAAUUAAAACAUCCUGAAAGGGGCUCCACUGAGUGGCGGAUGCUGGGCCCUGGCUGCAUUGUCAGGGAGGAGAAUCUGGCAACCUGCAAUCACAGUCCCCCCAUUCAUCUCCUCCUUAGUAUUACUUCAGCAAGUCAGGAUUUACUGCAUCACAGCUUCCGCUCCUUUCAGCUGUGACUGGCUCAUUGGCAUGAGAUAAUGCUGCUUGGCGGUGUGGCACAGUGACCAGCCGUGUGUGUGUGUGUGUGUGUGUGUGUGUUUGUGUGUGUGUUUGUGUGUGUGUUUGUGUGUGUGUGUGCGUGUGCGUGUGUGUGUGUCUUUGCUGUCUGUCUGUAAUGAAUCUUGGUGACUCAGUGUCUGUUUGACUUUCAGGUCCUGGAUGUGCUUCCAGAGACAGAGUCGGUGCUCGCUGAGGGGACGAGGGUGUGUGCCUACUGGAGCGAACGCUCUCGUUGCCUAUACCCAGGCAACAUACGGAGAGGUGAGAGAUAACAACUACAAACUGGCCUCACUUUCAUCCAUGGUGUCCACGUUCAUCCAUUUGUGUUAUUAUUUAUUUUAUUCAUUUAGCAUUGUAUUCAUUUUUUUUGCAUUAUCAUUUCAUUCCUAUGUGCAUUUCAUUAAAAAAUUGCAUUAGCAAUUUAGACGUUUGUUAGCAUUUUAUUCAUUUUAGCAUUUUACUCAUUUCAGCAUUUUUGUCAAAUAAAAUACAAUUUUAUUGGUCACAUGCACAUAUUUAGCUGAUGUUAUUGCGGGUGUAGUGAAAUGCUUGUGUUCCUAGCUCCAACAGUGCAGUAGUAUCUAACAAUACACAACAAUACACACAAAUCUAAAAGUAAAAUAAUGGAAUUAAGGAAUAUAUAAAUAUUACAUUGAGCAAUGUCGGAGUGGCAUUGACUAAAAUACAGUAGAAUAGAAUACAGUAUAUACAUAUGAGAUGAGUAAAGCAGUAUGUAAACAUUAUUAAAGUGACUAGUGUUCCAUUAUUAAAGUGGCCAGUGAUUCCAUGUCUAUGUAUAUAGGGCAGCAGCCUUUAAGGUGGAGGGUUGCAUAACCGGGUGGAAGCCGGCUAGUGAUGGCUAUUUUACAGUCAGAUGGCCUUGAGAUAGAAGCUGUUUUUCAGUCUCUCGGUCCCAGCUUUGAUGCACCUGUACUGACCUUACCUUCUGGAUGAUAGCGGGGAUAAACAGGCUGUGGCUCGGGUGGUUGAUGUCCAUUGUUGCAUUUUAGUCAUUUUUGCAUUUUAUUCAUUUUUAGCAUUUUAUUCAUUUUAGCAAUUUAUUAACUUUGACUAUUUAGCUAACUGUAACGAAGACGCAGGAAGUCAGGAAGCAAGUGCAGUUGGUGAGUUUAAUAACAAGGAACAUGAAGAUAUACAAAACAGGAGUAGCGUACUAGACAUGAAAACAAAACCAAUACUGCCUGAGGACUGAGGCUACUGAGGGCUAAAUAAAGGGGAAGUAAUCAAGGUAAUGGAGAAGUCCAGGUGUGCAUAACGAUGGGGAGCAGGUGUGCGUAAUGAUGGUUGCCAGGUGUGCGUAAUGUGGGUUGCCAGGGCCGGUGGUUAGUAGACCGCCGACGUCGAGCGCUGGAGCGGGAGAGCGGGAGUAGGCGUGACACUAACAAUGCCUGUGGUUUAAAUGUGUCUAUACUUUCUGCUCUUGCAGGUGGUUCAGGGGAGGAGGGGAAGCAGGGAGGUGUGAUGGUGGAGUUCGAUGAUGGAGACAGGGGGAGGAUCUCCCUCCCAAACAUCCGCCUCCUCCCCCCGGGAUACCAGAUCCACUGUGAGUGUCUCUUUUGUAUCGCUCUGUCGUCCACCUUGUAUGCUUACAGGGUUACUGAAUAUACUAGACCUUCUAAUUACAAUUAUUAUGAGACCUUAUAAGACCUUCCAAUCACAUUAUGAAUUAUGGACACAUUGGGAAUCAUGGACAAUAUCUUGCUGCUUUUUAAACAUUACUUUUACUUUAUUGACCAACUCAGUGGCCUGAAAUUGGAAGGUUGGGAGUUCGAUCCCUAGCCGAGUCAUACCAAAGACCGAAAAAAUGGGACCCAAUGCAUUAAGGAGAUAGAUUGGGGGUAAUGCCCUGUGAUAGACUAACGUCCUGUCCAGGAGGUGUACUAGCUGCCUCACACUACAGAAACAGGAGGUAGGCUCCUGCUCCUAUCAGCUGUUCCGGCUCGCACUAGCCAAGGCUUGUGCAAGACUACUUACUUAUACGUAUUACUUAUGACAAUGAUUAUGCAAGUGUAUGUUAGAGAUGUAUUAACCCCCAUCUCCACUUCCUGUCCCUCUGUAGGUGCGGAGUCAUCCCCUGCCCACCUGGUGUCUAGCAGCCGGGCGGCUCGGAGGAGCUUCAGUCUGGAGAAAGCCCCCAUAAAUGAGAGACCCUCUGAGAGACAGGCCAACACAGAGCCUGUCAGGAGACGACCAGGUCAGACAAGAUCAUCUACAUAGAUGCUUUAUAUCCAGUAGAUUUAGCCUGAUGGGACGCAAAAAAAGGGUGUGUCAUUCAUUUCUUGAAACCUCUUGAUCUAGUAAAGGUAGAUGUAGUGUGUACUGAUUGGUGACUUACCAGACAUUCAAUUGGUUUGAAUUCCAGGGAGACCCAAAGGUUCAGGGAAGAAGAAGAACCUGUCAGACAGCACCAAUAAGAACGCAGCCCCUCUGCUCAGCUGGCCGGCUGUGGCCGUCCCCAGGAAGAGGGCCUCUGAAAAUCUGUUCCAGCUCAACAGGACUCCCAGGAAGGCCCUGAGGGGGACGAGGGAGGCCCACCUGUUCCCCCUGCCCCCGGCCCCUGUAUCUGCCCCGGCCAAGGGCCUGUUCAGCAGCAGCUCCUUCGAGGUUGACUCCUUCAGCAGCAUCGCUAACGGCUACUCCUCCUUCUGUAGCACCCAGCCCACCGGCAUGUCCCUGGGUUCCAGGACCGGGCAUUAUGUCCAGAGACGGAGGCCCGGCGAGGUGCCGCGGAGCAGCAGGAAGAGCGGUCAGGAGUUCCUGGUCAAACUGGAUCACGAGGGGGUGACUUCACCUAAGACGAAGAACAGCAAGGCCCUGCUGCUGCUGGGCGGCGGCUCUGGGUUCGGGGCCAAAGGCGUAGGCGGCCUCCCCAGGCCUGAGGCCUACUCCCACCCAGUCCUGCUGGUCAAGGACAACAGGAAGGGAGGUUCUGCCUCGAGGGCUGAGCUCCUCCUAAAGGGUGCCCCUCCUUCACAGAGGAAGGCUUCUCCCUCCCUGGCUAUGGGGGAGUACGGUGUCGGCGAACUGGGUCUCAGCUGCCACCGGGACUGCCACAGCUCCUACUCGGACCUGGACGACGAAGAGGAGGAGGAACAGGAGGAGAGGAGGAGGAGAAGGGCGGCUGCGCUGGCCACAGCAGCCUCUGGAGGCCUGAGGACAGCGGGAAGCUUCCUCUCGCGUCUCUCCGUCUCGUCCUCUUCCUCUGGUUCCUCAAGUUCAUCCAGCUCGGGCUCCAUGUCCAGUUCCAGCCUGUGCUCCUCAGAUAAUGACUCGUCCUACAGCUCGGAGGAUGAGGAGAGCUCCACGCUGCUGCUACAGAGCUGCCUGUCCUCCCACCACGGCCUGUUGCAGCCCCCCGAGCCCCCAGCUGCAGCCGGACCCCACCAGGGCCAACAGUCCUUCGUGGCCAAGGCCGUGGCUGUAUCCAACACCAAGGGAGGAGGAGGAGAGGCCCCCAAUGACCACAGUGCCAACAACAAGCUUCUCAAGAGGAAGGAGUGCGGCAGCUCGUCCCCCUCCAAACCCCCCAGAGACCUAGUGAAGAGGCAGAAGAUUAUCCCCGAUGAUGCAGGCCCAAGACCCAAGAUGAACACGUUCCUACCGGGGAGACAGAUGUGGAGGUGGUCGGGGAACCCCACUCAGGUGAGACGAGUUGAUAAUUUUUUAAGAUACGGUGUUCACACCAAAAACUAUUAUGUGGUCAUUAAAUGUAUGCCAAUCUAUUACUGCCCCAAUCCUUCCCCAAUUCCUCCAUAUCAUAGGUACAUGAAACCGAAACCCUAACCCUAACCCUCCCCCAAUCCUCCAUAGCAGAGGUACAUGAGACCCUAACCCUAACCCUGGCCCUCCCCCAAUCCUCCAUAGCAGAGGUACAUGAGCGUUAGAGCUGCACAAUUGACCAGAGAUACAAACUACUUAAGGCGACUUUAAGCACACCUAGACUGGUAUUAAAUCCAACACAAAUAAUCAACCUGUCCACUGAGAUUGAUUUAUAAAGGUGAUUUCUCCUUGAGCUGACUACUUGAGCUGACAGCCACAUCGUUUACAGAAAACGUGAUCUCUGCAAAACAUCAGGGAAAUUGCUUUUAAAAGUUGAUCGUAUUGAACAGGAUGUUUAUCUGAGUUGGAUUGAAUCCCGGGCCCUAGUUCCUAGACAUGACUGUGUGUACUGAGUGUACCUGCAUCUUCACAGAGGCGGGGGCUGAAGGGGAAGUCCAGGAAGCUGUUCUACAAGGCCAUCGUACGGGGAAGGGACACAGUGCGAGUGGGCGACUGUGCCGUGUUCCUCUCUGCCGGCCGGCCCCACCUGCCCUAUGUGGGCCGCAUCGAGAACUUCUGGGAAUCGUGGAGCUCCAGCAUGGUGGUGAAGGUCAAGUGGUUCUACCACCCAGAGGAGACCAAGCUGGGCAAGAGGCACCGCGACGGCAAGGUACAUCCACAUUCAGGUUUAGACCACUCUAUUGCCAUUUGGGUUGCAAAAUCCUGGUUUUAGGAACUGGGCAUCCUUCAACCGGGAUUUCUGGAAAACCUGUGCAUUUUGGAAAUUUUGGGAACCUGUGAAUUUUGGGAAUUUUAGUUGGGAAUGUGCCUUGAUGUUGCUCAAGCGAUAAAAAAUAUGUUAUUAUACCAAUCGUAGUGCACAGGUUGUUUAUCUGUUUGAAAUGCGACCAUAGUGUCACAUUACAGGUGGUAGCAAACUUUCAUAGACUUUUGGUAUCUCAGCAUAUUAUGGUUUCAGAGUUGAAGUCGAUUCAAAAUACUUGCUGUUCUCUCUCUCUCUCUCUCUCUCUCUCUCUCUCUCUCUCUCUCUGUCUCCUAGCACGCUCUGUAUCAGUCGUGCCACGAGGACGAGAAUGAUGUCCAGACAAUCUCCCACAAGUGCCAGGUGGUGGGCCGCGAGGAGUAUGAGCGCAUGACCCGCGGCCAUAGACCCAGCAGCAGCGUGACCAUCCAGGGCCUGUACUAUCUGGCUGGCACCUACGACCCCACCAGCGGUCAACUGCUCACUGCUGAGGGGGUGUCCAUCGUCUGCUGAGCUGAGGACAUCUUGUCCUGAGGAUACUACUGAACCACCCAUCUGAUGGGUCUGAUGGGAAAUGAAGGUGGAAGGUCCACACGGCUUUGCCUGGAGGUGCCCAUGGCCUGACUCAGUCCAUAGGAGGGUUCCCAGAUGGGUCAGUCCUGGAGGAAGUGAAGGUCAAGGUGCCUGUGGCUUUGCCUGAAGGACCCCUGGCCUUACUCAGUCAGUGCUGACUACUGGGGGACGUCAGGGCCAAGGCAGGGCUGUCCCCUGUCUACACUGGAUAUCUCAACAUACAUGGCUGCUAGACUAGGGUCUAGUUAGAAGAAGGGGAGGGGGUAGCCAUUCACAGCAGUGAACCCCGUUCUGCUCCCACCCUCACUGGGUAACUUAAGACAAAGAUCUGGGUCCUGGACCUGAACAACCAGGACCCAAGAGUUCAAUGACAUCCGACUGACUUUCCAUCUGUCUAACUUAACAUCUCUUUAGUUUAGACUGAGGAUGGCAUGUUUGAGGGACAGUUUCACGCCUGAUCUUUACACCACUCACCCAUAAUAGGUCACCAAAUUAGAGCUGAACGUAGGUUUGGAUUGGACAGCUCAAGGCACCAUAAGGUCCCUCCGGACUAGGCCAGUGGAGCGAGUGAGGUAUGGGAUGUAGUCUCCAUAGUUCGUCUUCGUGAUUCCAGGGAUGUUAAAAUAUGUAUAAGAUAUCGAUGAUAAAGAUGUAAAUAUUUGGAAUGAUCUUUCCAAUCAAGCCAUACACUUCAGUACCUCUUGUCUCUCUUAUGGAUCAGGUGUAUAUUGUAUAGGUCAAUUAUUUGUUAUUUUUGUUGUUGUUGUUGUCUAUAUGUAUAUAACAACUAUUUUAUAUAGAAGUAUAUAUGAAAGGUAUCUUUCCAUGUUUUUUUAUUGAUUUAUUUUUCUAUGAGGGGUGAAUAUGGCUCUUUGUGUUUUUCUUUGGGACGAUGAGCUGAAGAUGCACUACACAUGCCCUGCUGAGAGAGAGAGACAGACAGACAGACAGACAGACAGGCAGGCAGGCAGGCAGACAGACAGACAGGCAGGCAGACAGACAGACAGACAGACAGAC